AAUUAUUAAAGCAAAUUCUGUAGUAUGCGAGCCGGUAUAAAAGCGGCGAAUGGCCACCAGUUAGACAUCAGUCACUUGACUACAACACAACAUUCAACAUGGUCUCCAAGUUCGCCGUCGCUCUCUGCGCCCUCGUGGCCGUCGCUGCCGUUGCCGAGGCUGGAUAUGUCGCCCACGCUCCCGCUGACUACCACCACGUUCCCAACUACUCCUUCGAGUACGGAGUUGCUGAUGCCCACACCGGCGACAAGAAGAGCCAGUCCGAGACCCGUCACGGAGACGUGGUCAAGGGACACUACAGCCUGGUCGAGGCUGACGGCACCACCCGCACCGUCCACUACACCGCUGAUGCCCACAACGGUUUCAACGCUGAAGUGACCAAGUCCGGACACGCCAUCCACGCCGCCCCCGCCUACCACGCCGCCCCCGUCCACCACGCUGCCCCCAUCAUCGCCGCCCCCAUUGCUCACGGAUACGCCCACGCUGCCCCCGUGGUCGCCCACCCCCACGGUGCUCCCCUGGCCUUCGCCACCCCUCUGGGAUACGGACACGGAUUCGCCAAGAUCAACCGUGGAUACACUAGAACAACAAUCAUCAACAUGGUCUCCAUCAAGCUUAUUGUCGCCCUGUGCGCUUUCGCCGCCGUCACCCAGGCUGGAUAUGUUGCCCACGCCCCCGCUGACUACCACUCUGUGCCCAAUUACUCGUUCGAGUACGGCGUUGCCGAUGCGCACACCGGCGACAAGAAGAGCCAGUCCGAGACCCGUCACGGAGACGUCGUCAAGGGACACUACAGCCUGGUCGAGGCUGACGGCACCACCCGCACCGUCCACUACACCGCUGAUGCCCACAACGGUUUCAACGCCCAUGUGACCAAGUCCGGACACGCCGUCCACGCCGCCGCCCCCGCCUACCACGCCGCCCCUGUCCACCACGCUGCCCCCAUCAUCGCCGCCCCCAUUGCUCACGGAUACGCUCACGCCGCCCCCGUCGUCGCCCACCCCCACGGUGCUCCCCUGGCCUUCGCCACCCCUCUGGGAUACGGACACGGAUUCGCCAAGAUCAACCGUGGAUACUAAAUUUCCAAAACCAUUCCUCGUGUUUUGCGAACGAUCUCCAGUCAAUGUCAUUCAUUUGUAAAUAAAAAUCACCAAUACCAGAAAUAUUCAGUUUUUCCUUAACCCA